AUCCAAGGACUAAGUCCUGGAAUUAAUCUAACAUUAGUAUGUCUUGUCUUUAUUUAAUGAACUAAGUAAUUAAAUGAAAGAAGUUCAAGUAGUAAGAUGAGGCCUCAAUGCGGAGAGCCAGAGAGCUGAGCUGUUAGUCUGAGGACCAAAACUUAAGAUAUUUAUACCCUCUUGAGACUGGGCCAAGAAAGACUUUCUUAAUUUGGUACAGCACGUUCUGCACGUUUGGAGUUAACUCAAGGUUUUCAGGACAUGUUGUUAUGACCCAUUGAAGUGCGAAGUCAUGAUCUCAACAGCACUAACACAAGUGUGUCUUAUCCUGUAUGUGCGUUUGUGCAAGACUCCCGUCUACACAUUGCUUGAAACAAUAACAUCUAUAAUAAUUGCAUCAAGCUCUCUGAAUUCAGCCCUGAAACCUCAUCAGGUCAAAAGGGCAACAAGUUCAUAUACUAAGAGUCUAAAUGUAUAUACUUUGUCCCAAACAGCUCACAGUUUCUCAUGCGAAUGUUGGGCACAGAAGGCACAAACCAUUUACAAGGAUAGAGAACGAGCAUGAAGUUCUUCACAUCAUCAUUGCCUGCCUGUCAUUGCCUUGCCAGCCAUCAUUACAGAAUUCCUAACCUUACCAUGAACCCAGCAGUUCAGCUCCUAUGCCUAUGUCAAGGGAAUCGUCCCCUGGAGGAAUAUGUAAAGGACUUCUGCGCUCUGGGCUGCAGGGUAUACUUUAAUGAGAUUGCCCUCCAAGGACUGUUUCCGUUUUGGGCUGAAUGAGCCGGUCUCCUCCCUGAUGCCUGACGGUUGGAGUACCUACAGCCUAACUGAGUAUAUCGACCUUGCCCUACUGAUAAGUGGUUCACCGUGGGCUAGGUGGAUAACGAGCCAGCAUCCCACAGUCACGGCCCCAAGCUUGCACCUUGCGCCACCUUCUGCCCCGUAUCCUGAGUUUGCUCCAUGCCAUGUCACAUUCACAUCAGUAUCGGUAUCUAUUUCAUGUCAUGCCUCAGCCUGCUCCAUGCCAUGUCACAGCCACACCGCGGUCUUUCCAUGCCAUGUCACAGCCACACAUCGGCCUAAUCCAUGCCAUGUCACAGCCACGCCACAGUCUCUUCCAUGCCAUGUCACAGCCACGCCGCAGUCUGCUCCAUGCCAUGUCACAGCAAUGCCUCAACCUGUCACGAUAGUGCCUCAGUCUGCUUCACGCCAUGUCACAGUCAAACCUCAGUUUGCUCCAUGCCAUGUCUCAGCCAAGCUUCAGUCUGCUCCAUGUCACAGCAACGCCUCAGCCAGCUCCAUGCCAUGUCACAGCAAUGCCUCAACCUGUCACAAUAUUGCCUCAGUCUGCUCCAUGCCAUGUCUCAGCCAAGCCCCAGACUGGUCCAUGUCACAAGCAAGCCUCCAUGGUCCAGACUCGCCUCGCUUCCAAGGUCCAGGCCCGCCUCUGCUCCACUGUCCAGGCCCGCUUGCGCUCCACGGUCUAGGCCCACCUCUGCUCCACAGUCUAUGCCUGUCUCUGCUCCACGGUCCAGGGCCGCCUCCGCUCUACAAGUCAGUGCUCACACCUGCCACGGCCAACAAGUCAACAUCCACGCUUACCAUGGCCAAGUCAGUGAUUCUGACAAACCAUGUUACCAUGUCAUGCCAUAUAGCCAUGUCAAGUCACCAGGCUAAUGGGGGAUAUGUCACUUCUAGAUGUGUUUUGUGUUAAUGUCUUUUAUUUUGAAAAGUCAUGCCAUGUCAUUCCCUGUAUCCAUGUCAAGUCAUGUGAUCAUCCUGUUUCCCUCCAUGUUCAUGUGUUUUGUUUUCAUUGGUUUAAUGUCUUGUUAAUUGGUUAUCAGUUCGAGUUUGUCAUUGGUUUAAGUUUAUUAGGCUUGUUAUCUUGUUUAUAGUUCUGUCAGGUAUUGUAUAUGUAACAUGGUUUUGGAAGUCAAGUUAUGUUAUGUCUAGUUUAGUUCAUGUUUAUGUUUUGUAGUCACGUUUUGGAAUUCACUCUUCAUGUAAAUAAACACUACACUUGGA